GACAUUUUGAACCCCAUAACAAAAUUAAUUAAUUUUAAGAUGAAACUUUCUAUCAUCUCUCAUCAAUUGUCAUCAACAUUAUUUUGGUGUCUCAUACUCAUAUUACUCGUGUUUACACCCCUAAUCAAAUUCUUCUUUAAAUUAAAUAAAAAAAAUAUCCAUACAUCUAGAAAAUUCACACUACCUCCCGGUCCGAAACCUUGGCCUAUCUUUGGUAAUAUCCCUGAAAUGUUGGCAAAUAGGCCUAUAUUUAGAUGGAUACAAAAGAUAAUGGAUGAUCUCAACACAGAAAUUACAUGCAUUCGAUUAGGUAAAGUUCAUGUGAUUUUAGUGAGCAGUCCCGAAAUUGCACGUGAAGUAUUUAUAAAACAAGAUGCAAUUUUCGCUUCAAGAGCUAAUAGUUGGUCCAAUGCAUACAUUACUAGUGGAUAUCUAGCCACAAUAUUCACCCCUUUUGGAAAACAAUGGAAAAAAAUGAAGAAAUUAAUUGUCACAGAAUUAGUUUCAUCUCUUAGGCAUAAAUGGCUUCAUGGAAAGAGGGUAGAAGAAGCUGAUAACCUUGUACGUCAUGUUUACAAUCAAUGCAAUAAAAAUGGUGGCCUUGUUAAUGUGAGAGAUGUUUCACGACAGUAUUCAGGGAAUGUCAUUAGGAGGUUGAUUUUCAAUACAAGGUACUUUGGAAAUGGUAGUGAAGAUGGUGGACCUGGCUUAGAGGAAGUAGAAUAUGUGGAAGCGAUUUUCACUAUGUUAGAGCACAUUUUUGCUUUCUCUGUUUCUGAUUUUAUGCCAGGUUUGAGGGGUGUUAACUUUGAUGGUCAUGAAAACAAAAUUAAGAAAGCUUGUCAGAUCAUAAGGAAAUAUCAUGACCCCAUCAUUGAGGAAAGAAUUCAACAAUGGAAGAAUGGAAAAAAGACAGAGGAAGAAGACCUUCUUGAUGUUCUCAUUUCAGCCAAAGAUGCUCACAACAAAUUCCUUUUGACUGAGCAAGAAAUUAAGUCUUGUGUUUUGGAAUUGGUGCUUGCAGCCAUUGAUAAUCCAUCAAAUGCAGUCGAAUGGGGACUUGCUGAAAUGAUGAAUCAACCGGAGCUACUUAAAAAAGCCAUAGAAGAAUUAGACACUGUAGUUGGAAAAGAAAGGUUGGUGCAAGAAUACGAUUUUCCCAAACUCAACUAUGUGAAGGCUUGUGCAAGAGAAGCUUUUCGACUUCACCCGAUUAAUGAUUUCAAUGUUCCCCAUGUCUCAAUGAAAGACACCGUUGUUUCUAAUUUCUUUAUCCCAAAAGGUAGCCAUGUGAUACUAAGGAGACAAGGACUUGGCCUAAACCCUAGAGUUUGGAAAGAACCAUUCAACUUUAAACCUGAACGACAUCUUAAGAAAGAUGGGUCUAAUUUGAGUUUGGAAGAUCCGAGUUUGAACUCUAUAAUAUUUAGUACCGGAAGACGUGGGUGUCCUGGAAUUAUGCUUGGAACUUCUAUGAUUAUUAUGCUAUUUGCAAGGUUGCUCCAUGGCUUCACUUGGAGUGUGCCACCCAAUGAGUCUAGCAUUGACCUAUUUGAAACUCAUGGAGGAACCACCAAAGCUAAGUCACUUGUGGCAUUUGCAGAGCCAAGGUUACCCCCCGAGACUUAUAGUUUAUAAGUUUUUAGUUUCUAUAAAAUUUCUAAAAAAGGUUAUAAUUUUAUAGGAACUAAAAACAUAUUUAACUAUGUAUAUUAUAUUUAGGUCUCAAUAAAUAAUACUGUGUUGGACUUGGUUAAAAUAAAUCAGCUUUGUUGAAUACUGCUUAUAAAUAAUACAAUAAUAAU